AUGGUGGUAAGUGAGGAGUGGGAGGCGGUGGCGGUGGCACGGUCUGACGAGGGGCGAGCUGUCCACCUCCUUCUCUUGGAUGAGGUCUUUUGGGACUGCGCGACAGCGGUCCUCCGCCUCAUGACACCCAUGUACGAAGUGCUGCGGGUUGUGGACACGUGUGCUCUAGUCAUGGGCCAGAUCUAUGGCCUCAUGCUAGAUGCCAUGGUGAAGACCAACGAUGCGGCAGAGGCGGCAGCCAAUUUGAUGCUGAAACGCACAGCUCUCUUGCCGGCCAAGGACAAGCCGACCUUUCUGAAGGCCAUCAAGGCUAUUAUAGCCAGGAGGUGGGACGCCCAGCUCCACAAUCCACUCCAUGCUAUGGGGUGGCUUCUCAACCCCCGCAAUCAGUACCUCGGGGAGGUGAAGAACGAUCCCGAGGUAAGGCUUGGGGCGGAAGUGGUGAUCCAGGCCCGUGGGGAGGGUGUCGCUCAACGCACGCUGCUGUUGGCGCAGUUGACGCAGUUUCAUCAGGGAAAGGGGCUGAUAGGGUCCGAUGACGCCCGUUGGGCAGCAACGGAGUUGGUGGCGAUUGGGCGCUUGACAAAGGUGGAGUGGUGGCUGAUGUACGGGGGGGAAGUGCAAGCGCUCAUGGGGAUGGCUGUGACGGUGCUGUCACAGCCAGUCACGUCAUCUGAGGAAAUCACGGAGAGGGAGAAGCUUUAUGCCGAUCUGGCCAACGGCGCCCUCAAGCAAGGGUGUACCGUUGAACCGGCAGCAACAGAGGAAGAGGAAGUGGGGGACGACGAGGAGGAGGGAGAGGGGAAUGAGCAGCUAUGCACCAUUGAUUGGGACCUUUUUGGAAACAUUGGGAAGAGGAAGAAGAAGGUGCCUAAGUCCGCUAAAAGGAAGAGAAACGGGAAGGCCAAGAAGCCUAUCAAGGGAAAGAGGAAGGCAACAUCUGUGGGAGAGGAAGAGGGUGAGGAGGAGGAGGCGGUGAAUAGCAGUGGAGGGGAGGAGGAGGACGUGCCCACCAAGGCUCGAAAUGGCCAGGAUCCUUGGGACAUUAGUGACGGGUCUAGUGGAGAGGAAGAGGAGGAGGCGGAUGACGAUGAGGAGGAGGAGGAGGAGGAGGAGGAGGAGGAGGAGGAGGAGGAGGAGGAGGAGGAGGAGGACAAGGAGGACAAGGAGGAGGAGGAAGAUGAGUAG